AAUUCUUUCACGCUGUGUUAAUCGCGGACGAAAAAGUGACAUCCCAACAUCGCAAACAUGGCCACCGAGUUGACGGUCCAAAGCGAACGCGCUUUCCAGAAGCAACCUCACAUCUUCGUGAAUCCGAAGGUUCAGAGCGGCAAGACCAAGCGUAAGGGAAAGGGUGGUCGAAGAUGGUAUAAGGAUGUUGGUCUUGGUUUCCGUACCCCAAAGACCGCUAUCGAGGGAAGCUACAUCGACAAGAAGUGCCCCUUCACCGGUCUGGUCUCCAUUCGUGGCCGUAUCCUCACCGGCAAAGUGGUGUCUACCAAGAUGCACCGCACCAUCAUCAUCCGCCGCGAAUAUUUGCACUAUAUCCCCAAGUACUCUCGUUAUGAGAAGCGCCACAAGAAUCUGGCUGCCCACGUCUCACCCGCGUUCCGUGUUGAGGAAGGCGACCAGGUUGUCGUUGGACAGUGCCGUCCUUUGUCUAAGACUGUACGAUUCAAUGUUCUGAGAGUGCUCCCGCGUACGGGUAAGGCGGUCAAGUCUUUCUCGAAGUUCUAGACAGCGACACGAAACCAGUUUUCACGGGGCACAAAUGCAUAGCAUCAUGGGUUUUAUUCCGAGUUCCGGCGCGAUGAGGCAGCAUGACGCCUCGACAUCACAGGCGUGUAUGAAAAUAGGGGUUCUCAUUUGAUCAAAGAACCAACUUGAGGGUUUAGCCAUUAGAUACAAAUGAAAAGUCUAAGGUCUGACUCUUUCACCACUACUGAGAUCCAGAAUGAUUUAGCUCCUAUCUGCGUCCGAUGAACAUAUGAAAUAAUACCAACGUUGAAUGAUUUGAUCCCUUCAUUUUGUAAGUGUGCCUGAACAACAACUCAACUAGGUGGAAUGUGCCAGCGUCAUGGGCAUGGCUUAACGAUCGGUCUCUGUGGUUAUACAACUGGCAUUGUAAGCUUUUCUCUGCAAGAGCUGUGUAAGGUGCAUACUCUCCAAAACCAAAAGGAACGAGCUAGUCGUACUCUGCUCGAACACCUAGCAGC